GGGGGCGGGGCCCAGCAGAAGAUGGCGUUCGUUCGCUGUAGGCGAGAUCCCUGCGGUGUUAUCUGUCUGAUUUUAACUUAUUUCAGCGUGUUUUACGCCGACUACGUGGUCAUACAGUAUGUCCUCAUCCCCGCCUACUCGGACAGUGUGUGGUGCACUGUCCACGGAUCAGUGUUUAACCUGAUUCUCCUGCUGCUGCUCGCCUGCCACGCCAAAGCUGUCUGCUCAGACCCCGGUAUGGUGCCUCUUCCUGAGACAGCGAUGGAUUUCUCAGACCUUCGCUCACAGUCGUCUCGCAUGAAUGAGCGGGGCUGUGAAGGAUGGACGGUGUGCAACCGCUGUGAAACAUACAGACCUCCCAGAGCGCAUCACUGCAAAGUGUGCCAGCGGUGUAUACGACGCAUGGACCACCACUGUCCCUGGAUCAACAACUGUGUGGGGGAGUUGAACCAGAAGUAUUUCAUCCAGUUUCUCUUCUACACCGGGAUGGCCAGUCUGUACUCUCUGGUUCUGGUGGUGUCGGCCUGGCUUUGGAGGAUCCACAGCGAGAGGGAAGGAGCCGAGAAAGAAGGAGAGGAGACGCCCAGCAAACACCUCAUAGUUGGUCACUACAUCAUCCUGCUGGCUGAGUCUGUGCUGUUUGGAGUGUUUGUCAUGGUCAUCUUCUACGACCAGCUGGUGUCGAUCAUCACAGACGAGACUCCCAUCGAGCAGCUGAGGAACAGAUUGAUGAUCACGGGCCAAGGCUCUUCAUCCUCCUCCUCUUCCUCCUCUUCCUCCCCUCAGCCGCCUCCCCCCCCACACACACGCAAACCCAAGAUGGCGCUGCUGAAGGAGGUCUUUGGAAGAGGUUCAGUGUUUUGUUGGCUGCUUCCGCUCCACUCCAGCCCUCCGUCAGUCGGCGGCAUAACGUACUCCGCCCUGCCCGACUACGAUGUCUGAGGACGUGUGUGUGUGUGUGUGUGUGUGUGUGUGUGUGUGUGUGUGUGUGUGUGUGUGUGUGUGUGUGUGUGUGUGUGUGUGUGUGUGUGGGGGUGUGUGUGUGUGUGGGGGUGUGUGUGUGUGUGUGUGUGUGGGGGUGUGUGUGUUCGAGGGAGACAGUAUUUAUGCUAACAGACGAUUUAACGGACACACUUUAUACUCAAACAUCACGCUCUCGAUCAAAAGCUCCUACAGGACGAUAACUUCCUCUCGGUUGUUGAACUGUAAGACUAGUUUGUUACUGAAUUAAUUAAGAGGUUAUUUAUGAUUUUUAAUAGUAGGUUAUAUCCAAGUUAAGCUUUAAAACUGUUACCAAGGAUGCACUGAUGAGGAUUACUAAAAGCUGGGACCGAUAUCUGACGUUUUCCCAUCUUUUAGUUAAAAACAUUUUAAAUUCAUUUAUUGCAAUUAAAGCAGCAAAAAUCAACAACCCUAGAACAAAUGUUUUUUGGCCAUACAUUGUAUUAAUGGAUCCAUAAUGGGUCAUUUGUGUUACCGACGAACACCAAAAGACAUUGAUGUCACUUUAUUUUCUAUUAUUAUACAUUUUUAUGCUCAAACCGACUUCUUGAGCGGAAGAUAUUGAUCAUACGAUGUCCAAAAGUCACAUUUUAAGACAAUAUAUAUAUAAUGAUCCACUACCAAAACUGUCCUCCGUUACAUAUUUAGAAUUAAUCCCAAAAAUCUGAUAUAAUAAAUACAGAUAACAACAAAUAAUAAUUUCAAGUGAUGCAUUUGGGUUCAAAUGUCCUCAAAGAGAUACUUAUUUAUGUUUUUAUGAUGAUUUUUUUUAUUUUUCCUGUUUUUGUAUUUAAACGUUUGACGUGCUAACUGAACUAUAAUGUGUUACACUUACAGAUUAACAAUACACACACACACACACACACACACACAUACCAUGUAUACAUCACUUCAGGGGACAUUACAUUGACUUACAUGCAUUUCCUGGAGACUUAUCCUAACCUUAACCAUAACCAACACAUGCCUAACCAUAAUCCUAACCCUAACCCUAAACAGGUCUUCACCCUAAAAUUAAUGAGUCCCCUCAUGGGGACCUCCAUUUUGUCCCCAUAAGGGAAGCCAGUCCCCACACGUGACUAUGUAAACAGAUUUCGGUCCCCACAAGGAUGGUAAUGCUAGGCCACACACACACACACACACACACACACAGUACUCAGUAUUCUGCUAAAUCUCAGUGAAGGGACGAUGUUUAACUUAUUUAUUGUUUCUAACUAUUCCGUGGAGUUUCUCUACCGACAUGUGUGUGUUUUUAUGUGACGGGUGAAGUUGCUUUUCCGCACUGAGGACAUUUUUAAAUGGUGUGUAUGUCACUACAGUGUAUAAAUGAAAGGACUGCAGCAGAAAAGCAGCUUCACCACCAUGUUUGUGUGUAAAAGUAACCUGUGUUUGAGUGAACUCUCACAAAAUACAUUCACAAAUGUUACCAAACCAUAACUGCCAGUAAGAAAACGGUGUUUCCUCCACCUUUUCCUCGAAUGAUGUGACUUAAAAUCUGCCUUUUUUAAAUUCUGUUUCUCACAUGCUUCAACUAAAAUCAAGAUAUGUCUGCUAUAUGCUGACGAUGACUCUUAAUCCGUUAAUAAAAAACCUUUGAGAAGGCAGGGUUUUUAAACGCUGCGUUCACACUCUUGAGCAAGAUGGCUAAUAUUUCAAUAAUCAGAACAGUUAUGCAUUAUUUUACUGUAAUAUGGAAAAAACCUUAUGAAUCACAAAUGUUUUAUUAUUGAAUUGUACUCAAAAUGUAGAGCUGGGAAAUACUGCUAGUUACUAUUAAUAGGUUUAUAUUGUUAAAGAAUUACUUAAUUAUACUUUAAAAGGCAGCAAUCUUUUUAUUUGGGAGGCUUUUAUUGGCCAUGAUUCUCCGUUAUCAUUUUUCAGAGACACCAAUAGGUGGAGAUUUUUUAUUUUGUAUUCAGUGAACCUUAGAUCAAAUAUAAUAUUAAGGUGAUGUUGGUCAAUAUUUAGCUCAUGGUGUGAAUGCAUGUUUUAAAACCCUCCAAAAAACUAUAGUCCUUCAACUUCUAGCAUCGUAUUUCUGAUUGUUUUCAUAGUCUUCUAGGUAUUUUAAUGUGCUCUCCAAGGUUUGGUUUUCAUCAAGCUGUACAUAUGAAGGUUCAUAUUUAAUAUCCAUGAUGUGCAAUUCUCAUGAAGGGAAAGUUACCGAAACUCAUUGUUUGUGUGUUUUCUAUCGCGAUCUGUAUAAAAAAACAAUUUGAAAUGUUUUUGUGCAUAUUCUUGAGGUGAAGUCGUACGAUUUGUCUUACCUUUAGGAUCAAAAUGAUGGAGGGGAAAAGCCUUUUCUGUAGAUUCGUAAUAACCUACAGUCCCACGUGAUUCUCAAAUCAAGCGCACCUCACCUUUAGUAAACACGUAGAAACAUUUCAAAGUGUCCUUUUGCCCAGCUGUGUGUUUACUAUCAGGUUACUGGCUUUCUUUGUUGGAAAAAUGCAGUUGAUCUGUUUUUUUGUAUCAAUGUUACUCAACAGGGUGCGCUUGUUUUGUUUAAAUAAAACAAGCGCACCCUAUUUUGCUGUUUUUCUUGACAGCGGGAAGGAAUGUGUGGACAAACAAACGGGUCCUGAAAUUAACACGUGGCCUCCAGCCGAACAUUUUACAUCUAGUUCUUCAGCUUGUUUUGCAAUUCAAGAAUGUCCAACUUUUGGGGAAAGAAAAUUGCAAUAUAUUCCCAAUUUAUAUUACACUGGUUUGUAAUUUCAAAGCCAUUUGUAUUUCUAAUCUAACGCAAACAUCAACCAAAGAAGUAAUACAACAUUAUUUCAGAUACUGUAUGAAAUAUUAAACCAAUUUAACUUGAAAGCUUCAUAUUUUAAGUGUUACAAGAAGCUGUUUUGACAUUAAUUAAUAUUCUUUUUGGUUGGCUGGUUGCCUCAGUAACGCCCGGCAAACAAAACCAACUAAGACUUUAAUAUCAUCUGGCUUCAUGAUGAACACGUGUAUUUAUUGUUGCUCUCUUGAAACUGUGCCCUGUGUGUUAUUCCUGACGACAUGCUGCUCGUUCAACUGGAAGUAAAACGGAUGUCUUUUAAACUUCA